AUGAUCUUCCUCACCAACCUCCGCUCAUCCACCAUCCUCCUCCUCCUCCUCUCCGACCUCCCCUCCCCAACAACCGCCCUCCCUACGCCUAGCCCAGGUGGCUACGGUGGCCCAACUUACACCUGGAGCAACCCCCCUCCCACAGGUGGCUCCAAAGGGGGAAAUAACAACGGAAACUAUAUCACCAACUUCUCCUUCGCCAAAUGGGUCGAAGAAGUCCAAAAGGGCAAAGGCACGACGACGCCCCAGCAAGCUAUGGCCCAGUACAAAGCGAGUGAACACGCUAAACGGCAAGCCAGACGGCAGCAAGCCCUCAAUCUCCCUCCCGACUAUGACGACGACGAGGAAGAUGAUGACGAGUUACCCCCUUGGUAUUUCACCCAUGGCCCCGGUGGGGGGAAUAACACCACCAAAAGGGCGUCAGAACCAGACGCGGGUCCAACCUGCUACUGGCACAAAAACCAGCGCCCCAAGGUAGAGGAUACGUUUACUGUUGUUUCGGCAAUGGCGUAUCAUCCGGAACUGUAUACUAUUCAUAAGGACGGUGGCAGGGAUAUUACUCACCCAUCCAAUACGGCGAGUCUGAAUGUUAGGAGUAUUACGGGGGAGAGGUAUGGAGUGGCGGGGACGGAUAUUGCGCGGGCGGGGGGGUUGAUUAUGGAUUAUUGCACUUGGAAGGGAAGAAGUGGUGGUGGAGAGUACGCGUGGGGAAAUGGGUACCUUUAUGUCACUAUUGAGCAUACGGGCAGGGGGGAGAAGACGAUGCAGGAGAAUUUGAUGGAUAAGAGGAGGGAGUUCAUUGGGCCUAGGAAAGCGGGGGAGGAGGAGGAAGAAGGUGAGGGAGAGCCAGAGUGGCAGAUGGUGGUGAGAGAGAGAGGAAGUAGAAGUAAAACGAACGAGCAAGAGCGCGCUUGA